AUGAUGCUAGACAGUAAAUCUUUAGAAGUUAUAUCUCAGUUUAAAGCGGCAUUAACUGAAAAAAACCGUCGAAGCAAGGAUACUUUGAGUAAAGGGAAUGAAAGUUUCCCGCCUUAUAAUCGAGGAUUAAAACUUUUCACGCAAAUGCCAUCAUUAGAUUCGCUCGUUACUAAGACGGUUGAGUACGAUGGGAAAACUUAUGCGGUUUUGACAAAUGAUUUGAUAGAAAGAAACAAUGCUAGGAGUAUACGAAAGUGGAACGGGUCAAAUAGUGGAAAAAAAGUCUUUGAUGACGAUGGUGAUGAUGAUGCAUGGUCUGAUGCAGACGAAUCAGAGGAGCAACUACAUCCCCUAAAGCAGUCACAUAUCAUCCAAAUACUAUCACCACUCAACCACCCGCUGGAGCUUGUAACACAUCCGGCUAUUUCCAAGACUUACACUCUGCAGACAUUGAGCAAGCUAGCCAUGGAAUUGAUCGACUUGAUCGAAACCGAGCAAAAUAAUUUGAAUUGGUUAAACAAGCUACUUCAGGUGCUAAAUGGGGAGGAUUGGUUUUAUUUGUUGGAGGAAAAUUUGGGCUUGAAGGAUUAUGAUCAUGGAUUGGAUGAGGAAAAGCAAAAGCUAUUGACAUCCAAAAGCAAGAAUAAUGAUACGACGAGCAGCAGCAAAGAGAGCAAAGAGAGUAAAGAUAAUGGCAGGAAUUAUGAAGAAGUGGAGGAUAGGGAUAUGGAUAUGGAUGUCAAUAGGGAUGGCGUUGAGGAUAAUGAGGAUGAUGAUGAUGAUGAGGAUGAGGAUGAUGAGGAUGAUAUUAUGGAUCCGUUUUUCGCUUUGCCUGCCGCUUUGAAAAGAUACGAAUCAUUACAAGAACAGUUGCACGCAAAAGAAGAUAAUGGAGUAAAAGAGGAGCUCAUCAACUACCUUCAAGUGAGUAUUCAAAGGCAGCAUGAAUAUAUAGAGAAUUUAACGCAAUUGAGGAAUGGGUUGGUGCGUGCAGAUAGGCUCAAGAAUGAUUUGCAUAAAUGGGGUAAGGAAAUGCAUGAUAGGAGAAGCUCUUGA